AGUUGGUUCCCACAUACAUGUAACAUGUUUAUAGAGAGCGAAUGAAGUUUGUUCUGAUUCUUCAUACUCUUCAUAAUCAUCCUUCGUUUUAGAGAAAGAGUAGAGAAAGAGAGGGAUGGUCGGACCACAGAGGCCUCAGUUCGUUCUCUUUGGAUCAUCAAUAGUGCAGCUCGGUUUCAGCAAUGGCGGUUGGGGUGCCAUACUCGCUGACAUCUACGCUCGUAAAGCAGACAUAGUUUUGCGAGGAUACUAUGGUUGGAACUCAAGACGUGCUCUCAAGGUUCUUGAUCAAGUUUUUCCGAAGGAUGCUCCUGUUCAGCCUUCUUUGGUGAUCGUUUACUUCGGUGGUAAUGAUUCUAUGGGGCCUCACUCAUCUGGACUAGGUCCUCAUGUACCACUUCCUGAAUAUAUUGACAAUAUGAGGAAAAUUGCAAUUCACCUCAAGAGCCUUUCAGAGACAAUACGAAUAAUUUUCCUUAGUUGUCCACCUGUCAACGAGGACCAACUUCGUGAAAACGCAAGUAAAUACUUUAGUGAGCUAGUUCGAACAAAUGAGUUGUGCCGAAGCUAUUCAGAAGCUUGUAUAGAGUUGUGCAAGGAGAUAGGUGUGACGGUGGUUGAUCUUUGGACUGCAUUUCAGAAACGAGAUGAUUGGUUGACUUCCUGCUUUACGGACGGGGUUCAUUUAUCUGCUGAGGGAAGCAAGGUAGUUGUGGAGGAGAUAUUGAAGGCACUCAAGGAAGCCGAAUGGACACCUUGUCUACACUGGAAGUCCAUGCCCACUGAAUUUGCUGAGGACUCGCCAUAUGAUCUAGUUGCUGCUGAUGGAAAAACCACUAUAAAUCCAUCCGAGUGGACCUAUCAUCGGGAAAUCAAAUGGGACUAGAUUGGUUUCGAAAAUUUUGCCAUGCGUUCCCCACUCCCAUACCGGAGUUGCCCUUCAGAAAUUAAGGAAAAUGUUCAAUGCCACGGAACAGAAUUGACAAAAUUUCCGUGCAGCUGCUUAUCAUGACCAAAAUGCAUCUCUGAAGUAGAUGUUGAUAUUAGUACAUAUCAUGUGACAAAACAUGAUAUAUAUUUGAGUGCUUUUUUAUUUGAUCAUUGUUCACUUUCAAAUAUGUAAAACAUUUGAAUUUUAUAGAGAUUCAGUUUCAAUUA